AUGCCUUACUUAGUAAUAUAGGAUGAUAUAAUUAUGGGCAAGAUUCUAAUUCAAUUUACUUGUUAUAGUGAUUAAACCAAUCUUGACUUUUGUGGAUAUUAAAUUACAAGUCUUAAAGUUAAUGACGAUUAUUGGAGUUAAGAAGAUAUUGUUAAGAAUUGGAAAAAACAUUAAUUAUCCAUAAAUACCAUUAUAGGUGAAAAUUGCAUAUUGAUUACAUUCUGUGUGAAAUUUUCAGAGAAUAAAUUUGGAAUUAUAAAAUAUACCUAAAAUUCAUCUAUUUACAUAACAUCUUUAUUCUGUCCAAAUUAUUGUCAUUCAGUAUUAUCAUUUUAAUCAAUUAGUGUUUUCCUUGUUUUGAUUAACCAGACAUUAAAGCUUAGAUUAAAUUGUAAUUAAAAUGUCCAAAAGAAUGGUUAGCAAUUUCUAAUAUGAAUUCUACUUUAAUAGAACCAUUCUCUGAAUCUUAAAAUAAAUGGCAUUUUGCUAUUACUCCAAAAAUUAGUGUAUAUCUAUUUCGUUUGAAUAUGGGUGAAUGGAAAAUGAUACCUACAACCUUAAUCUCAGGUAUUCAAAUGAAUCUCUAUUUUGAAUCUCAAAAGUAAUCAGCUUGUAUGAUGUAUAAUGUUUCAUUUAUAUAAGUUAAUCAACUCUUAUUUAAAAUUGUAUUGAAGAAGGAUUUAAAUAUUAUGUAUAAUUAUUUGGUAUUCCAUUUCCAUUUUAAAAAUAUGAUAUAAUAUUUUGUACCGUUUAUUUCUAAGGAAUGGAACAUCCUGGAGCUGUUCUAUUAUUUAAAAAUAUUAUUCAAAAUUAAUUAGAUUCUAGGCAAUUAACAAUCUAAAUCUCAAUCACUUAAAUAAUUAAAAUUUGAUGAUCCUAAAAUACAUUAUUUACUUUACAAAUAAAAUGGUAUUGAUUUAGAUAUAAAUAUAAAUUCACAUCCAAUCGAAAUGAACAUUGAAGAUGCAAAUCAAGGUUUAUAAGCAUUUGAUUCUAUCACUUAUAAUAAAGGUUCUUCUGUUCUUUAGGCACUUGUUAAAUUAAUUGGAUUCAAUGAUUUCAUUGAUAUUAUUAGACACUAUCUGAAUAAAUUUAAAUGGGCUAAUGCUACAACUGAUGAUCUAUUUGAUUUAAUCUAAUAGAAUACUUAGAAUGUUGACAACACUAGAUGGAAACGACUAUUCAUUUAAUAAAAUGGAAUCAAUCUAAUCGAAAUAAUACAGUAAGUCUAAUAAUCGAUUUUAAAGUAAAGUUCUAUCAGUGGAAAUUCAAUAAGAUAACAUCUAAUCAAUGUACUAUUGAUUAAAGACAAUGAGAAGAUGGAAUCAAAAUCAAUUAUGAUGACAAAAGAUUAGCAUUAUCUCUGGAAAUUUAAUGAAUAUUCAGCUGCCAUCCUUAAUUAUAGUGGUGAUUCUUAUUGUAUUUCAACAUUCGAUGAUAGAUCUUUAUCUUAUUUACUUUUAAAUUUCAAUAAAUUAGAAUUAACUAUACAAAUAAGAAUAUCAAUAAUCAAUAAUCUUUUUUAAAUGGCCUGUCUAUUGGGAACAUUUCAAGUUAAACUAUUCAUGGACUUUAUUUUACAAGCUAUGAAUUCGAAUAUUGAUACUGAAGUAAAUUACCAUAUCUAUAAACUAUUUAGGUUUUGGAUUUUAUGAUAGAUACAUUGGGUACCGUAUUUAUGAAUUUAAAUGUUGAACAAUAAUCUGGAUUUGGUCCAAUCAUCUUUGAUAAACUCUACUUACUUAAACAUAAACUAUUUAAUUCAAAGUAACAAUACACAAUUAAAUCGGAAUAAGGUUUUUAUAAAAAUAUUUAAUAAUUAUAUAUUACCAUCACUAAAAGAAAUUUAUCAUUAAAAACCAGGCUCAUAAAUUGUUUUUUUAAAAAUAUUUGCUUGAUUAGAAUCAUCUCUAAGAAUAUGAAUCAAUUUGGGAUACUCUCAAAUAAAGAAAUCCAAAUUUAUUUAAAUUUAAGAAUAUUUCAAUUGUUUACUUGA